CACUGAGAGGCUGAGGAGUGUGCCAGCGUUUAGUUUCAGUCUAGCUGCACUUUUCCUGCAGCACAGAAUCACAAAGUCUCCGUCUUCUCCUCUGGAUUGGGACUGAUUCUCCACCGGGAUCCUCUGAAAAGACAAAGCAUUUCUGUCUUGCUAUUGCUGUACCACCAUAACCUACCAAGAUGUGUGACUGCUUUCAUCUAGUUCUUCCUAACUGGCCAGGAUCUCCAGCCAGUGGUUCUGGACGACAGCUGAGACCGGCUGAGCCCUCGGGAGAUGCUGAUAUUGAUGCAGAUGCAGAGGAUGAAGAUUCUGUUAAUGAAGUGGCAGUAGAAGACAUUCGUCCAAGGCCACAAGGAUCCUCUCCAGUUUAUGAGUAUCCCAUAGAAGAAGACUAUUUAAAGCUUCAAGAAGAAAACAAAAAACAUUCUACAGACAAAUCAAAACAGAGUCAUCCACAGGAAACAAUGGAAGUGACCCUGAAAACAGAAGUGGAAGCUGGUGCUAGUGGUUUUAGUGUGAAAGGUGGAGGAAAUGAAGGAAUAUUUAUUAAAAAAGUACUUAAAGAAUCUCCUGCUUCAAAAAUAUUUAGUCUUAGAGAAGGUGAUCAGCUUCUAAGUGCCACAAUAUUUUUCGAUAAUAUCAAAUAUGAAGAUGCACUCAAGAUUCUCCAGUAUUCCGAGCCCUACAGAGUCCAAUUCAGCCUCAAAAGAAAAAUUGCUGUGCAAGAAGAUCUAGAGCACUCCGCAGCCCGGCACAAAAAGGAAAGGAUAGGCCAGGAAAAAGAACUCAGUGAGAGCAUUCCUGAAGAAACACUGCAAGUUUCAGGAAAAGCCAUUUCAGAAGAAGACAAGGAAACACUGAUUGUAAGCCAAAGGGUAGGAAGAAGUAAGAGAGCUAAAAAAGAUAGAUUAUCAUGGCCAAAAUUUCAAUCAAUUAAAAAUAAAAAGAUAUUGAGGCACAGAAGAUCUCAUAGUACAUCAGAUGCAUAUGAGCCUGCUAUACAGGAUAUUUCCCCUACAAGCACGGACACAGAGUCUCAAUAUCCACAAGAAGUCCAUACCAAAGAGAAAAAAGGAAGCCAAAGGAAGCUGAAGUUCCCUAGCAUUGGAUUCAGAAUGCACAGAUCCAAACUAGAACCACAAGAGAAGCAAAAAAAAGAAAUAAAAACUACACUGAUCUCUGAAAGAGAAAAAAUAUGUAAAGAUGAUAUAAGCCUGGAAAAUCCUGAAGUCUUAACUGUUGAAUAUACUACAUCUUCUUCUUAUGAAAUUAAAAUAGGAGAGGGACAUGAAACUUUAACAGAAGACUUAAAAGAAAUGAAAAAUGGCAUUCCAUCUCAUGUAAAACAAUGCCCUGAAGUUGAAACAAGCAUUAAAAAAGACAAGGAAGCAACAUCAAAAUUUAGUGAAAUUAAAGUACCAGACAUAACAACAGAGAUACCAGAGCCCUGUUUAGAUACAGCUGAACUGAAAGUAAGCCCAACUAAAAAAUCACCACAAGCUUCAUCAAAAUCCCGAAGAAAGAAACAAAAAGGGACAGCAGAUAAAAAAGACAGAGAAAGUGGAAUUAACAUAGACUUGAUGGGUCACGCAGCUAAGGGAUCUGUACAGGUAAAAGGCCUAGAAAUAGGCACUGCUAAAGCAGAAUUGCAGACAUCUGACACACUAGAGACAGGAGAAAAACAAGCAGAAGACGUCACACAAAUACUAAAUAUUCAGAAAAUAAAUUAUGGAAUGUCAGUGUCCACAAGAAAAGAGACAGAGACUGACACCACUGAACAGGGAGGUGACGUUCCACAGUCAGUACGAGAAAGAACAGUUGAUAUGACUUCAGAGGACAACACGAAUUUCAGUGUGAAAACUCUUAAGCGGGAUGCAGAAUCAGAAGUGUCUACCUGGAAAAUACAAAUGCCAUCAUUCAAACUGGCCAAAACAUCUAAAACUGACAUGAAAAUAACAACAGAUGAAAGCAGAGAGGACAUACAAGAUAGGGUAAAAAAGGAAAUAGAAAAAGAUGGCAUGCCCAAAAAUGAUAAAGCCCUAAAGACAGAACCUGGAAUAAAUACUGGAGAAAAAGAUACAGAGGAGAAGGAAAGCAAAUUCAGACUGCCAAAGUUAAAAUUCCCUACAUUUACCUGGUCAACUACAAAGGAAGAAAGGGUCCAAGCGGAAGCACAGAUAGGUGAAAGGGAAGUACAAGUGAAAACCCUAGAAAAUGCAGAAGGAUUUCAGGCAAGUGGAAAAAUAGAAGAAAUAACAGUUCCAAGUGAUGAAAUGCAAAUAGGGACAUCCAAAGGAAAAACAAGUAAAAAUGACAUAAAGCAAAACCCAAAAGACCCCUUGAAAAGUCCAAAAAAGGCAGUAAUAAAAUCUUCCGCAAUGGAAAUUAACAAUGAAGACACAACAGGAAAAACAGUGAUUUCAAAAACUAAUAUUGAAACAAACAAGAGAGAAUUCAGUAAGGAAACAAAAGAAGGAAUUAUGGAAAUUACAACAUCUGACGUCAAAGCUCCCAAGGUGGACAUCAGCCUGCCCUCUGUCGACGUCGCUCUUCCACAGGCCAGCGUCGACCUGCAGGCACCUGAGGCCACCCUUAGCCUUGAAGGAGAUGCUAAAGUUCCAGAGAAGGAGCCUGCCAAGACCAAGGAUGGCAAGUUCAAGAUGCCCAAGUUCGGCAUGCCUUCCUUUGGCUGGUCCAGCAGCAGAGAGGCCAAGGGCACCGUGGCCGCCGAGGUGGACGUCAGCCUCAAGGAGCCUGAAGUGACGGUGCCCUCGCCAGCCGCCGAAGUGGACGUGACGCUGCCCUCGGCCGACAUCCAAGUGCCCGGCGUGGAGGCCGCCGUCGAGACGGCCGCCGGAGCAGCAGAGGGCGAGAAAGGCCGAUUCAAGAUGCCCGACGUCAAGAUGCCCAGCGUCAAGCUGCCCAAAGUCAAAGCUCCCCAUGCGCAGGUCAGCCUGCCCAAGGCCGAGGUCUCGCUGGCCAAAGGCCAGGAGGGCGAAGUCGCCCUGCAGGGCCCCGAGGCCGAAGCCAGCCUGGAGGUGGCCGCCGGCAAAGCUGAGGGCGGCGGCAUGAAAAUUCACAUGCCCAAAGUCAAGGUGCCCAGCGUGGUCUUCUCCAAGCCCACCCUCAAGGCUCCCAAACUGGACGCAGACGUCAGCCUCCCGCAGGCAGAGCUCAAGGCAGCCGACGCCGAUGUCAGCAUCGCAGCCCCCGACGUCAAGCUGCCCUCCGUCGAAGGCUCCCUCGAGCUCCAGGCACCCGACAUAGACCUCAAAGCGCCCUCCGCCGAAGGCAAGCUCGAGCUGGAAGGCACGGGCCUGAAAGGCAAGCUCAAGAUGCCCAAGUUUGACAAGCCCAAAUUCGCAGUGUCCUCCCCCAAGGCCGAGGUGCCCGCAGCCGAGGUCAGCCUGCCCAGCGCAGAGGUCGACCUUCCCUCUGCCGCCGUGACGGCCGCAGUGGAGGGCUCCGCACUUGGCCUCAAGGCCGACGUCCCCGGCGCCAAGACAGAAGGCGCAGGCUGGAAGCUGGAGAAGCCCUCCCUCAAGAUGCCCAAAGCUGACAUCAAAGCUCCCAAGGUGGACAUCAGCCUGCCCUCCGUCGACGUCGCUCUUCCACAGGCCAGCGUCGACCUGCAGGCACCUGAGGCCACCCUUAGCCUUGAAGGAGAUGCUAAAGUUCCAGAGAAGGAGCCUGCCAAGACCAAGGACGGCAAGUUCAAGAUGCCCAAGUUCGGCAUGCCUUCCUUUGGCUGGUCCAGCAGCAGAGAGGCCAAGGGCACCGUGGCCGCCGAGGUGGACGUCAGCCUCAAGGAGCCUGAAGUGACGGUGCCCUCGCCAGCCGCCGAAGUGGACGUGACGCUGCCCUCGGCCGACAUCCAAGUGCCCGGCGUGGAGGCCGCCGUCGAGACGGCCACCGGAACAGCAGAGGGCGAGAAAGGCCGAUUCAAGAUGCCCGACGUCAAGAUGCCCAGCGUCAAGCUGCCCAAAGUCAAAGCUCCCCAUGCACAGGUCAGCCUGCCCAAGGCCGAGGUCUCGCUGGCCAAAGGCCAGGAGGGCGAAGUCGCCCUGCAGGGCCCCGAGGCCGAAGCCAGCCUGGAGGUGGCCGCCGGCAAAGCUGAGGGCGGCGGCAUGAAAAUUCACAUGCCCAAAGUCAAGGUGCCCAGCGUGGUCUUCUCCAAGCCCACCCUCAAGGCUCCCAAACUGGACGCAGACGUCAGCCUCCCGCAGGCAGAGCUCAAGGCAGCCGACGCCGAUGUCAGCAUCGCAGCCCCCGACGUCAAGCUGCCCUCCGUCGAAGGCUCCCUCGAGCUCCAGGCACCCGACAUAGACCUCAAAGCGCCCUCCGCCGAAGGCAAGCUCGAGCUGGAAGGCACGGGCCUGAAAGGCAAGCUCAAGAUGCCCAAGUUUGACAAGCCCAAAUUCGCAGUGUCCUCCCCCAAGGCCGAGGUGCCCGCAGCCGAGGUCAGCCUGCCCAGCGCAGAGGUCGACCUUCCCUCUGCCGCCGUGACGGCCGCAGUGGAGGGCUCCGCACUUGGCCUCAAGGCCGACGUCCCCGGCGCCAAGACAGAAGGCGCAGGCUGGAAGCUGGAGAAGCCCUCCCUCAAGAUGCCCAAAGCUGACAUCAAAGCUCCCAAGGUGGACAUCAGCCUGCCCUCCGUCGACGUCGCUCUUCCACAGGCCAGCGUCGACCUGCAGGCACCUGAGGCCACCCUUAGCCUUGAAGGAGAUGCUAAAGUUCCAGAGAAGGAGCCUGCCAAGACCAAGGACGGCAAGUUCAAGAUGCCCAAGUUCGGCAUGCCUUCCUUUGGCUGGUCCAGCAGCAGAGAGGCCAAGGGCACCGUGGCCGCCGAGGUGGACGUCAGCCUCAAGGAGCCUGAAGUGACGGUGCCCUCGCCAGCCGCCGAAGUGGACGUGACGCUGCCCUCGGCCGACAUCCAAGUGCCCGGCGUGGAGGCCGCCGUCGAGACGGCCGCCGGAGCAGCAGAGGGCGAGAAAGGCCGAUUCAAGAUGCCCGACGUCAAGAUGCCCAGCGUCAAGCUGCCCAAAGUCAAAGCUCCCCAUGCGCAGGUCAGCCUGCCCAAGGCCGAGGUCUCGCUGGCCAAAGGCCAGGAGGGCGAAGUCGCCCUGCAGGGCCCCGAGGCCGAAGCCAGCCUGGAGGUGGCCGCCGGCAAAGCUGAGGGCGGCGGCAUGAAAAUUCACAUGCCCAAAGUCAAGGUGCCCAGCGUGGUCUUCUCCAAGCCCACCCUCAAGGCUCCCAAACUGGACGCAGACGUCAGCCUCCCGCAGGCAGAGCUCAAGGCAGCCGACGCCGAUGUCAGCAUCGCAGCCCCCGACGUCAAGCUGCCCUCCGUCGAAGGCUCCCUCGAGCUCCAGGCACCCGACAUAGACCUCAAAGCGCCCUCCGCCGAAGGCAAGCUCGAGCUGGAAGGCACGGGCCUGAAAGGCAAGCUCAAGAUGCCCAAGUUUGACAAGCCCAAAUUCGCAGUGUCCUCCCCCAAGGCCGAGGUGCCCGCAGCCGAGGUCAGCCUGCCCAGCGCAGAGGUCGACCUUCCCUCUGCCGCCGUGACGGCCGCAGUGGAGGGCUCCGCACUUGGCCUCAAGGCCGACGUCCCCGGCGCCAAGACAGAAGGCGCAGGCUGGAAGCUGGAGAAGCCCUCCCUCAAGAUGCCCAAAGCUGACAUCAAAGCUCCCAAGGUGGACAUCAGCCUGCCCUCCGUCGACGUCGCUCUUCCACAGGCCAGCGUCGACCUGCAGGCACCUGAGGCCACCCUUAGCCUUGAAGGAGAUGCUAAAGUUCCAGAGAAGGAGCCUGCCAAGACCAAGGACGGCAAGUUCAAGAUGCCCAAGUUCGGCAUGCCUUCCUUUGGCUGGUCCAGCAGCAGAGAGGCCAAGGGCACCGUGGCCGCCGAGGUGGACGUCAGCCUCAAGGAGCCUGAAGUGACGGUGCCCUCGCCAGCCGCCGAAGUGGACGUGACGCUGCCCUCGGCCGACAUCCAAGUGCCCGGCGUGGAGGCCGCCGUCGAGACGGCCACCGGAACAGCAGAGGGCGAGAAAGGCCGAUUCAAGAUGCCCGACGUCAAGAUGCCCAGCGUCAAGCUGCCCAAAGUCAAAGCUCCCCAUGCACAGGUCAGCCUGCCCAAGGCCGAGGUCUCGCUGGCCAAAGGCCAGGAGGGCGAAGUCGCCCUGCAGGGCCCCGAGGCCGAAGCCAGCCUGGAGGUGGCCGCCGGCAAAGCUGAGGGCGGCGGCAUGAAAAUUCACAUGCCCAAAGUCAAGGUGCCCAGCGUGGUCUUCUCCAAGCCCACCCUCAAGGCUCCCAAACUGGACGCAGACGUCAGCCUCCCGCAGGCAGAGCUCAAGGCAGCCGACGCCGAUGUCAGCAUCGCAGCCCCCGACGUCAAGCUGCCCUCCGUCGAAGGCUCCCUCGAGCUCCAGGCACCCGACAUAGACCUCAAAGCGCCCUCCGCCAAAGGCAAGCUCGAGCUGGAAGGCACGGGCCUGAAAGGCAAGCUCAAGAUGCCCAAGUUUGACAAGCCCAAAUUCGCAGUGUCCUCCCCCAAGGCCGAGGUGCCCGCAGCCGAGGUCAGCCUGCCCAGCGCAGAGGUCGACCUUCCCUCUGCCGCCGUGACGGCCGCAGUGGAGGGCUCCGCACUUGGCCUCAAGGCCGACGUCCCCGGCGCCAAGACAGAAGGCGCAGGCUGGAAGCUGGAGAAGCCCUCCCUCAAGAUGCCCAAAGCUGACAUCAAAGCUCCCAAGGUGGACAUCAGCCUGCCCUCCGUCGACGUCGCUCUUCCACAGGCCAGCGUCGACCUGCAGGCACCUGAGGCCACCCUUAGCCUUGAAGGAGAUGCUAAAGUUCCAGAGAAGGAGCCUGCCAAGACCAAGGACGGCAAGUUCAAGAUGCCCAAGUUUGGCAUGCCUUCCUUUGGCUGGUCCAGCAGCAGAGAGGCCAAGGGCACCGUGGCCGCCGAGGUGGACGUCAGCCUCAAGGAGCCUGAAGUGACGGUGCCCUCGCCAGCCGCCGAAGUGGACGUGACGCUGCCCUCGGCCGACAUCCAAGUGCCCGGCGUGGAGGCCGCCGUCGAGACGGCCACCGGAACAGCAGAGGGCGAGAAAGGCCGAUUCAAGAUGCCCGACGUCAAGAUGCCCAGCGUCAAGCUGCCCAAAGUCAAAGCUCCCCAUGCGCAGGUCAGCCUGCCCAAGGCCGAGGUCUCGCUGGCCAAAGGCCAGGAGGGCGAAGUCGCCCUGCAGGGCCCCGAGGCCGAAGCCAGCCUGGAGGUGGCCGCCGGCAAAGCUGAGGGCGGCGGCAUGAAAAUUCACAUGCCCAAAGUCAAGGUGCCCAGCGUGGUCUUCUCCAAGCCCACCCUCAAGGCUCCCAAACUGGACGCAGACGUCAGCCUCCCGCAGGCAGAGCUCAAGGCAGCCGACGCCGAUGUCAGCAUCGCAGCCCCCGACGUCAAGCUGCCCUCCGUCGAAGGCUCCCUCGAGCUCCAGGCACCCGACAUAGACCUCAAAGCGCCCUCCGCCGAAGGCAAGCUCGAGCUGGAAGGCACGGGCCUGAAAGGCAAGCUCAAGAUGCCCAAGUUUGACAAGCCCAAAUUCGCAGUGUCCUCCCCCAAGGCCGAGGUGCCCGCAGCCGAGGUCAGCCUGCCCAGCGCAGAGGUCGACCUUCCCUCUGCCGCCGUGACGGCCGCAGUGGAGGGCUCCGCACUUGGCCUCAAGGCCGACGUCCCCGGCGCCAAGACAGAAGGCGCAGGCUGGAAGCUGGAGAAGCCCUCCCUCAAGAUGCCCAAAGCUGACAUCAAAGCUCCCAAGGUGGACAUCAGCCUGCCCUCCGUCGACGUCGCUCUUCCACAGGCCAGCGUCGACCUGCAGGCACCUGAGGCCACCCUUAGCCUUGAAGGAGAUGCUAAAGUUCCAGAGAAGGAGCCUGCCAAGACCAAGGACGGCAAGUUCAAGAUGCCCAAGUUCGGCAUGCCUUCCUUUGGCUGGUCCAGCAGCAGAGAGGCCAAGGGCACCGUGGCCGCCGAGGUGGACGUCAGCCUCAAGGAGCCUGAAGUGACGGUGCCCUCGCCAGCCGCCGAAGUGGACGUGACGCUGCCCUCGGCCGACAUCCAAGUGCCCGGCGUGGAGGCCGCCGUCGAGACGGCCACCGGAACAGCAGAGGGCGAGAAAGGCCGAUUCAAGAUGCCCGACGUCAAGAUGCCCAGCGUCAAGCUGCCCAAAGUCAAAGCUCCCCAUGCACAGGUCAGCCUGCCCAAGGCCGAGGUCUCGCUGGCCAAAGGCCAGGAGGGCGAAGUCGCCCUGCAGGGCCCCGAGGCCGAAGCCAGCCUGGAGGUGGCCGCCGGCAAAGCUGAGGGCGGCGGCAUGAAAAUUCACAUGCCCAAAGUCAAGGUGCCCAGCGUGGUCUUCUCCAAGCCCACCCUCAAGGCUCCCAAACUGGACGCAGACGUCAGCCUCCCGCAGGCAGAGCUCAAGGCAGCCGACGCCGAUGUCAGCAUCGCAGCCCCCGACGUCAAGCUGCCCUCCGUCGAAGGCUCCCUCGAGCUCCAGGCACCCGACAUAGACCUCAAAGCGCCCUCCGCCAAAGGCAAGCUCGAGCUGGAAGGCACGGGCCUGAAAGGCAAGCUCAAGAUGCCCAAGUUUGACAAGCCCAAAUUCGCAGUGUCCUCCCCCAAGGCCGAGGUGCCCGCAGCCGAGGUCAGCCUGCCCAGCGCAGAGGUCGACCUUCCCUCUGCCGCCGUGACGGCCGCAGUGGAGGGCUCCGCACUUGGCCUCAAGGCCGACGUCCCCGGCGCCAAGACAGAAGGCGCAGGCUGGAAGCUGGAGAAGCCCUCCCUCAAGAUGCCCAAAGCUGACAUCAAAGCUCCCAAGGUGGACAUCAGCCUGCCCUCCGUCGACGUCGCUCUUCCACAGGCCAGCGUCGACCUGCAGGCACCUGAGGCCACCCUUAGCCUUGAAGGAGAUGCUAAAGUUCCAGAGAAGGAGCCUGCCAAGACCAAGGACGGCAAGUUCAAGAUGCCCAAGUUUGGCAUGCCUUCCUUUGGCUGGUCCAGCAGCAGAGAGGCCAAGGGCACCGUGGCCGCCGAGGUGGACGUCAGCCUCAAGGAGCCUGAAGUGACGGUGCCCUCGCCAGCCGCCGAAGUGGACGUGACGCUGCCCUCGGCCGACAUCCAAGUGCCCGGCGUGGAGGCCGCCGUCGAGACGGCCACCGGAACAGCAGAGGGCGAGAAAGGCCGAUUCAAGAUGCCCGACGUCAAGAUGCCCAGCGUCAAGCUGCCCAAAGUCAAAGCUCCCCAUGCGCAGGUCAGCCUGCCCAAGGCCGAGGUCUCGCUGGCCAAAGGCCAGGAGGGCGAAGUCGCCCUGCAGGGCCCCGAGGCCGAAGCCAGCCUGGAGGUGGCCGCCGGCAAAGCUGAGGGCGGCGGCAUGAAAAUUCACAUGCCCAAAGUCAAGGUGCCCAGCGUGGUCUUCUCCAAGCCCACCCUCAAGGCUCCCAAACUGGACGCAGACGUCAGCCUCCCGCAGGCAGAGCUCAAGGCAGCCGACGCCGAUGUCAGCAUCGCAGCCCCCGACGUCAAGCUGCCCUCCGUCGAAGGCUCCCUCGAGCUCCAGGCACCCGACAUAGACCUCAAAGCGCCCUCCGCCGAAGGCAAGCUCGAGCUGGAAGGCACGGGCCUGAAAGGCAAGCUCAAGAUGCCCAAGUUUGACAAGCCCAAAUUCGCAGUGUCCUCCCCCAAGGCCGAGGUGCCCGCAGCCGAGGUCAGCCUGCCCAGCGCAGAGGUCGACCUUCCCUCUGCCGCCGUGACGGCCGCAGUGGAGGGCUCCGCACUUGGCCUCAAGGCCGACGUCCCCGGCGCCAAGACAGAAGGCGCAGGCUGGAAGCUGGAGAAGCCCUCCCUCAAGAUGCCCAAAGCUGACAUCAAAGCUCCCAAGGUGGACAUCAGCCUGCCCUCCGUCGACGUCGCUCUUCCACAGGCCAGCGUCGACCUGCAGGCACCUGAGGCCACCCUUAGCCUUGAAGGAGAUGCUAAAGUUCCAGAGAAGGAGCCUGCCAAGACCAAGGACGGCAAGUUCAAGAUGCCCAAGUUCGGCAUGCCUUCCUUUGGCUGGUCCAGCAGCAGAGAGGCCAAGGGCACCGUGGCCGCCGAGGUGGACGUCAGCCUCAAGGAGCCUGAAGUGACGGUGCCCUCGCCAGCCGCCGAAGUGGACGUGACGCUGCCCUCGGCCGACAUCCAAGUGCCCGGCGUGGAGGCCGCCGUCGAGACGGCCACCGGAACAGCAGAGGGCGAGAAAGGCCGAUUCAAGAUGCCCGACGUCAAGAUGCCCAGCGUCAAGCUGCCCAAAGUCAAAGCUCCCCAUGCGCAGGUCAGCCUGCCCAAGGCCGAGGUCUCGCUGGCCAAAGGCCAGGAGGGCGAAGUCGCCCUGCAGGGCCCCGAGGCCGAAGCCAGCCUGGAGGUGGCCGCCGGCAAAGCUGAGGGCGGCGGCAUGAAAAUUCACAUGCCCAAAGUCAAGGUGCCCAGCGUGGUCUUCUCCAAGCCCACCCUCAAGGCUCCCAAACUGGACGCAGACGUCAGCCUCCCGCAGGCAGAGCUCAAGGCAGCCGACGCCGAUGUCAGCAUCGCAGCCCCCGACGUCAAGCUGCCCUCCGUCGAAGGCUCCCUCGAGCUCCAGGCACCCGACAUAGACCUCAAAGCGCCCUCCGCCGAAGGCAAGCUCGAGCUGGAAGGCACGGGCCUGAAAGGCAAGCUCAAGAUGCCCAAGUUUGACAAGCCCAAAUUCGCAGUGUCCUCCCCCAAGGCCGAGGUGCCCGCAGCCGAGGUCAGCCUGCCCAGCGCAGAGGUCGACCUUCCCUCUGCCGCCGUGACGGCCGCAGUGGAGGGCUCCGCACUUGGCCUCAAGGCCGACGUCCCCGGCGCCAAGACAGAAGGCGCAGGCUGGAAGCUGGAGAAGCCCUCCCUCAAGAUGCCCAAAGCUGACAUCAAAGCUCCCAAGGUGGACAUCAGCCUGCCCUCCGUCGACGUCGCUCUUCCACAGGCCAGCGUCGACCUGCAGGCACCUGAGGCCACCCUUAGCCUUGAAGGAGAUGCUAAAGUUCCAGAGAAGGAGCCUGCCAAGACCAAGGACGGCAAGUUCAAGAUGCCCAAGUUCGGCAUGCCUUCCUUUGGCUGGUCCAGCAGCAGAGAGGCCAAGGGCACCGUGGCCGCCGAGGUGGACGUCAGCCUCAAGGAGCCUGAAGUGACGGUGCCCUCGCCAGCCGCCGAAGUGGACGUGACGCUGCCCUCGGCCGACAUCCAAGUGCCCGGCGUGGAGGCCGCCGUCGAGACGGCCACCGGAACAGCAGAGGGCGAGAAAGGCCGAUUCAAGAUGCCCGACGUCAAGAUGCCCAGCGUCAAGCUGCCCAAAGUCAAAGCUCCCCAUGCGCAGGUCAGCCUGACCAAGGCCGAGGUCUCGCUGGCCAAAGGCCAGGAGGGCGAAGUCGCCCUGCAGGGCCCCGAGGCCGAAGCCAGCCUGGAGGUGGCCGCCGGCAAAGCUGAGGGCGGCGGCAUGAAAAUUCACAUGCCCAAAGUCAAGGUGCCCAGCGUGGUCUUCUCCAAGCCCACCCUCAAGGCUCCCAAACUGGACGCAGACGUCAGCCUCCCGCAGGCAGAGCUCAAGGCAGCCGACGCCGAUGUCAGCAUCGCAGCCCCCGACGUCAAGCUGCCCUCCGUCGAAGGCUCCCUCGAGCUCCAGGCACCCGACAUAGACCUCAAAGCGCCCUCCGCCGAAGGCAAGCUCGAGCUGGAAGGCACGGGCCUGAAAGGCAAGCUCAAGAUGCCCAAGUUUGACAAGCCCAAAUUCGCAGUGUCCUCCCCCAAGGCCGAGGUGCCCGCAGCCGAGGUCAGCCUGCCCAGCGCAGAGGUCGACCUUCCCUCUGCCGCCGUGACGGCCGCAGUGGAGGGCUCCGCACUUGGCCUCAAGGCCGACGUCCCCGGCGCCAAGACAGAAGGCGCAGGCUGGAAGCUGGAGAAGCCCUCCCUCAAGAUGCCCAAAGCUGACAUCAAAGCUCCCAAGGUGGACAUCAGCCUGCCCUCCGUCGACGUCGCUCUUCCACAGGCCAGCGUCGACCUGCAGGCACCUGAGGCCACCCUUAGCCUUGAAGGAGAUGCUAAAGUUCCAGAGAAGGAGCCUGCCAAGACCAAGGACGGCAAGUUCAAGAUGCCCAAGUUCGGCAUGCCUUCCUUUGGCUGGUCCAGCAGCAGAGAGGCCAAGGGCACCGUGGCCGCCGAGGUGGACGUCAGCCUCAAGGAGCCUGAAGUGACGGUGCCCUCGCCAGCCGCCGAAGUGGACGUGACGCUGCCCUCGGCCGACAUCCAAGUGCCCGGCGUGGAGGCCGCCGUCGAGACGGCCACCGGAACAGCAGAGGGCGAGAAAGGCCGAUUCAAGAUGCCCGACGUCAAGAUGCCCAGCGUCAAGCUGCCCAAAGUCAAAGCUCCCCAUGCGCAGGUCAGCCUGACCAAGGCCGAGGUCUCGCUGGCCAAAGGCCAGGAGGGCGAAGUCGCCCUGCAGGGCCCCGAGGCCGAAGCCAGCCUGGAGGUGGCCGCCGGCAAAGCUGAGGGCGGCGGCAUGAAAAUUCACAUGCCCAAAGUCAAGGUGCCCAGCGUGGUCUUCUCCAAGCCCACCCUCAAGGCUCCCAAACUGGACGCAGACGUCAGCCUCCCGCAGGCAGAGCUCAAGGCAGCCGACGCCGAUGUCAGCAUCGCAGCCCCCGACGUCAAGCUGCCCUCCGUCGAAGGCUCCCUCGAGCUCCAGGCACCCGACAUAGACCUCAAAGCGCCCUCCGCCGAAGGCAAGCUCGAGCUGGAAGGCACGGGCCUGAAAGGCAAGCUCAAGAUGCCCAAGUUUGACAAGCCCAAAUUCGCAGUGUCCUCCCCCAAGGCCGAGGUGCCCGCAGCCGAGGUCAGCCUGCCCAGCGCAGAGGUCGACCUUCCCUCUGCCGCCGUGACGGCCGCAGUGGAGGGCUCCGCACUUGGCCUCAAGGCCGACGUCCCCGGCGCCAAGACAGAAGGCGCAGGCUGGAAGCUGGAGAAGCCCUCCCUCAAGAUGCCCAAAGCUGACAUCAAAGCUCCCAAGGUGGACAUCAGCCUGCCCUCCGUCGACGUCGCUCUUCCACAGGCCAGCGUCGACCUGCAGGCACCUGAGGCCACCCUUAGCCUUGAAGGAGAUGCUAAAGUUCCAGAGAAGGAGCCUGCCAAGACCAAGGACGGCAAGUUCAAGAUGCCCAAGUUCGGCAUGCCUUCCUUUGGCUGGUCCAGCAGCAGAGAGGCCAAGGGCACCGUGGCCGCCGAGGUGGACGUCAGCCUCAAGGAGCCUGAAGUGACGGUGCCCUCGCCAGCCGCCGAAGUGGACGUGACGCUGCCCUCGGCCGACAUCCAAGUGCCCGGCGUGGAGGCCGCCGUCGAGACGGCCACCGGAACAGCAGAGGGCGAGAAAGGCCGAUUCAAGAUGCCCGACGUCAAGAUGCCCAGCGUCAAGCUGCCCAAAGUCAAAGCUCCCCAUGCGCAGGUCAGCCUGCCCAAGGCCGAGGUCUCGCUGGCCAAAGGCCAGGAGGGCGAAGUCGCCCUGCAGGGCCCCGAGGCCGAAGCCAGCCUGGAGGUGGCCGCCGGCAAAGCUGAGGGCGGCGGCAUGAAAAUUCACAUGCCCAAAGUCAAGGUGCCCAGCGUGGUCUUCUCCAAGCCCACCCUCAAGGCUCCCAAACUGGACGCAGACGUCAGCCUCCCGCAGGCAGAGCUCAAGGCAGCCGACGCCGAUGUCAGCAUCGCAGCCCCCGACGUCAAGCUGCCCUCCGUCGAAGGCUCCCUCGAGCUCCAGGCACCCGACAUAGACCUCAAAGCGCCCUCCGCCGAAGGCAAGCUCGAGCUGGAAGGCACGGGCCUGAAAGGCAAGCUCAAGAUGCCCAAGUUUGACAAGCCCAAAUUCGCAGUGUCCUCCCCCAAGGCCGAGGUGCCCGCAGCCGAGGUCAGCCUGCCCAGCGCAGAGGUCGACCUUCCCUCUGCCGCCGUGACGGCCGCAGUGGAGGGCUCCGCACUUGGCCUCAAGGCCGACGUCCCCGGCGCCAAGACAGAAGGCGCAGGCUGGAAGCUGGAGAAGCCCUCCCUCAAGAUGCCCAAAGCUGACAUCAAAGCUCCCAAGGUGGACAUCAGCCUGCCCUCCGUCGACGUCGCUCUUCCACAGGCCAGCGUCGACCUGCAGGCACCUGAGGCCACCCUUAGCCUUGAAGGAGAUGCUAAAGUUCCAGAGAAGGAGCCUGCCAAGACCAAGGACGGCAAGUUCAAGAUGCCCAAGUUCGGCAUGCCUUCCUUUGGCUGGUCCAGCAGCAGAGAGGCCAAGGGCACCGUGGCCGCCGAGGUGGACGUCAGCCUCAAGGAGCCUGAAGUGACGGUGCCCUCGCCAGCCGCCGAAGUGGACGUGACGCUGCCCUCGGCCGACAUCCAAGUGCCCGGCGUGGAGGCCGCCGUCGAGACGGCCGCCGGAACAGCAGAGGGCGAGAAAGGCCGAUUCAAGAUGCCCGACGUCAAGAUGCCCAGCGUCAAGCUGCCCAAAGUCAAAGCUCCCCAUGCGCAGGUCAGCCUGCCCAAGGCCGAGGUCUCGCUGGCCAAAGGCCAGGAGGGCGAAGUCGCCCUGCAGGGCCCCGAGGCCGAAGCCAGCCUGGAGGUGGCCGCCGGCAAAGCUGAGGGCGGCGGCAUGAAAAUUCACAUGCCCAAAGUCAAGGUGCCCAGCGUGGUCUUCUCCAAGCCCACCCUCAAGGCUCCCAAACUGGACGCAGACGUCAGCCUCCCGCAGGCAGAGCUCAAGGCAGCCGACGCCGAUGUCAGCAUCGCAGCCCCCGACGUCAAGCUGCCCUCCGUCGAAGGCUCCCUCGAGCUCCAGGCACCCAACAUAGACCUCAAAGCGCCCUCCGCCGAAGGCAAGCUCGAGCUGGAAGGCACGGGCCUGAAAGGCAAGCUCAAGAUGCCCAAGUUUGACAAGCCCAAAUUCGCAGUGUCCUCCCCCAAGGCCGAGGUGCCCGCAGCCGAGGUCAGCCUGCCCAGCGCAGAGGUCGACCUUCCCUCUGCCGCCGUGACGGCCGCAGUGGAGGGCUCCGCACUUGGCCUCAAGGCCGACGUCCCCGGCGCCAAGACAGAAGGCGCAGGCUGGAAGCUGGAGAAGCCCUCCCUCAAGAUGCCCAAAGCUGACAUCAAAGCUCCCAAGGUGGACAUCAGCCUGCCCUCCGUCGACGUCGCUCUUCCACAGGCCAGCGUCGACCUGCAGGCACCUGAGGCCACCCUUAGCCUUGAAGGAGAUGCUAAAGUUCCGGAGAAGGAGCCUGCCAAGACCAAGGAUGGCAAGUUCAAGAUGCCCAAGUUCGGCAUGCCUUCCUUUGGCUGGUCCAGCAGCAGAGAGGCCAAGGGCACUGUGGCCGCCGAGGUGGACGUCAGCCUCAAGGAGCCUGAAGUGACGGUGCCCUCGGCAGCCGCCGAAGUGGACAUGACUUUUCCUGACUCUAAGCUCCAAACUCCCAGUUCUGAUGUUCCCCCAGAUUCUUCCAGUUUUAAAGAGGAGGAAAUUGGUAAAUCUAAAACUUCUGCCUUUAGAAUGCCUAAAAUUUCUCUUUCGAAAACUUCCAAACCUCUUGCACAAAACCAGCCUGGAUUUCAUGUUUCUGUUUCCGAAACUCUUUGUCCUUCUUUAACAGGUGAAGCUUCCUCCCUUCCGUGUGAGUGUGUUGGAUCUAAACCUUUGCUUGACAUUCAGGGAGAGGGUGUAUCUAAAAGUGCCAAAUUCAGGGUUCCUAGCAUUGGUUUCUCUAAAGCUGAAUUGACUUCAUCUAAAAUUGAUCAGGAGUCCUCAUUGCAAAAGGGGGAUAUUACUCUUACUAAAUACCAAAUUAAGCUUUCAGAAUCUCAAUCAAAACCAGCAUCUCUUGCUGAAGAAAAUCUUUCAGAUUUUGAAAUUUUAAGUGAAGAUGGUUCUGAGGAGCAAGGAGGUUUUAAGCUAGAGGGCAAAACAUCAUCAGCUGAAAUAUCUUUGGUUGACACAGAAGUCACAGUUAAAAUUCCUAAAUUCCGAAAACCAAAAUUCAGAAUUCGAUCUAAGGGAAAAGCACCUGAAGGUGACAUUGUUAACGUGGGAUCUGAAAUUUCCAGGGGAGGGAUAACAUCUGAUAUGACUGAUCCUGAUAUUGAAAAACCAGCUCGAAUAUCUGAUGCCCAACUUGGUGUCAAGUUGCAUAAGCCUUCAUUUGAAGUUGUUCUGGAUGCACCAACAGUGGAUCCAAAUUCACCCAUGGAGAUUACCUUGCCAAAAUUAGAAGCAGAAAUCCAUGGCCCAGAUUUAGAGUGCAAGGCGGAACAGGAAGUAGUUACAGGAGAGAAGGGUACUGAGGAGAAAGAAAACAAAUUUAAAUCAUCAAAAUUCAGACUACCUUCAUUUAGGUGGUCACCAAAGAAAGAAGCUAUUGCUCCUUCUCAUGUUGAGGAACAUGUGGAAGGACCCACUUUGUCUACUUUAUCUGGAGACAUGGGAUCUGAAUUAACUUUUCCUACUCCUGAGAAUCACUACCUCCAUGAAGAAUGUGAUACAACAGAAAAAGAUGGUGAAAAGGCCAAAACUAAGAAGUCCCAAUUUACCAUGCCAAAGAUCUCAUUCCCUAAAAUUAAGGGUCAGAAAGUACAAGUCUCUCUGACCACACUGGAAACUGAUGUUUCUGAAACCAAACAAAAAAAAGAAGGUGUUUCUGUUCAGAAAUCUGAGAAAGAGAGUAGUGGAGAAGGGGUGGGACUGGGCAUAAAAGUGCCAAAAGUUACAGUCCCAACUUUGGAAUUUUCCAAACCAGAAGCCAAAGCUCCCAAAACAGAGAUGGAUAUUAGCAUGCCUACAGGUGAUGUCACAGUUUCUACCUGUGAAGAAGAUGAGCUGACAUUGAAAUCAGCUGCUGCUAGUGCCAGCCUCUCCAUGUCAGAUAUUAAGAUGAUACCUGAACGUUCACUUGAGGUGAAGAGUCCUGACAUAAGUGUUGAAAGAACAACAGGUGAAAUUGCUGUAGGUGAUGUAGAGAUAAAAGCUGAAGGUUCUGAAGGGAAAACAAAAAUGCCUAAAUUCCAAAUGCCAAAGGUAGGAAUUACACUUUCUAAAGGGAAAGGGUCAGAAAAGGAUGUUGGCCAAUCCAAAUCAGAAGUCAAGGUUCCCCAACUAAAAGCAACGGUAGAAAUAUCUGACAUUGCUGUUGAAACACCAGACUUGGAAGUGGAAUGUGGCACAGAAUCGGCGACUUACAGCGCUGAAGCCAAAAUUACCAAAACUGACAGUAAGGCAUCAGAGGCUGAUGUUCACCUCCCAUCAGCUGACAUUUCUAUUCCAAAAACAGACAAUGAUAUUCAGGAAUCAGAUGCAACAGUAAAGAUCAAGGGGGAAAUAAAGCAAGAUGGAGAUGGAGAUGGAGAAGAGAAAGAAGGGAAUUUCAAAAUGCCCAAAUUCAAACUUCCAUCCUUCAGUUGGUCACCAAAGAAGGAAGCAAGUGUUAAACCAGAUUCUGGAGCAAAUUUGGAAGACCAAAAGCAUGCUGUCAUGUCAAGCAGAAUAGACACAGAAGUGAAAGGAACUGCAACUUAUGAUCAAGGUAGUGGGCCAGACCUUGAUUUGGAAAUAUCUGCAGGAAAAGUUGAACAAAAAAGUCCACUUAAAAAGCCUCAAUUUGUCAUGCCCAAAAUUUCACUCUCCAAGAUCAAGGUUCCAAAAUCUCAGUCUCAUUCACCAAAAGUUGAAGCUAAUGCUACUCUUUCUAAAACAGAAAUAGAGGUUGAAGAUUCAAUUAAGAUACCUGAUAUAGAAAAAAGUCAUCCUGAAGGGACUGAAGAAGGGGCACAAAUAAGCAUAAAACUGGCUGACACUAUGAUCCACACUCUGGAGUUUUCCAAAGUAGAAACUGAAGCUUCUAAAACUGAAAUAACAGUCAGCUCAGCAAAGACUGAUGCUUCUUUGGCUCCUUCAGAGGGGAGUUUUCAACCAGUUGACUUAAAAAUAAGUUCUACCAAUGAAGGUAACAUUCAAAAAACUGGUAUUAAACUCCCCAAAGGAGAAGCUUCAGUUGAUUUGAAGAGCCCUGAUAUAGUAACAGAAAGUUCAUCAGUUAUGGAUGGAAGCAAAGUGAAAUUGGAAGGUCCUGAAGGGAAGAUCAAAGUGCCCAAAUUCCAGAAGACAAAGUUUGGAAUCUCCCUAACAAAAGGGAAAGUCGCAGAGACGGAGAUCAGCUCUCCAAAAAGAGAGGCUGAGCUACCCCAGCUGAAAAUGACAAAUGAAAUUGCUGACAUUGCUGUGGGAGUACCAGCAUCAGAACUUACAUCUGAUAUGUCAGAUCCUGGAGUAGUUGAUGGUAAGAUAAAAACACCCCAAGCUCUGAUGGGUGGCAUUGAAGAUGCAAAGGUAGACAUAAGCACCCAGUCAGUGUCUAAACCAAAGACAGAGGGAGUUAUGGAGAGCCUUGAGGAGAAGGAAAUCAAAUUAAAAGAACAUGAAAUAAAAGCUGAAGAAGUUCAGACUGAAGAACAUCAGGGAUGGUUUAAAAUGCCAAAAUUCAGAAUACCUACAUUUGGCAGAUCAUCUUUAAAGGAAAAAAAGAGUGAUGCUGGUAUUGAAAGCAGUAUGGAAAAAGCUCAGGCAACUAUUCCUUCUGCUAAAGUAGAAACGGAAACAAGUAUUCCUGGAAAUACCUUCUCAUUACCACAUGCAGUUGCUGAAAUUACUAUUGGAAAAGACGGGAUUCAAAAAUUAGGAGAUUCUGUGGAGAGUUCUGAUGUUAGCUUGCCAAAGAUGGAAGGAAAUAUUUCAUUAUCCACAGAAGGAACAGAUAGAGUGAAUAUUCCAAAAACAGAAACUUAUGCAGACAUAGUUAAGCGCAGCGUUGAAGAACAUACUUCAGAAAUCACAGUGUCUGCAGCAGAGUUGUCUAAAUCAUACCCAUCUGCUUCAGAAACUGACAAAGACAAGAGUUCAGCAAAUAGGUUUCUAGAGCAUAAAGGCAAAUCACAGGAUAUAAAAGUCCCAAAUCUAGAAAGUUCCAUGAAGUUAGAGACAUCAGGGGUAGGAUGCAAGCCAUCAUCAGCUGAAAUUACUUUGGAUGCAACACAGAAGAAAGGAGAUGUUAGUCUUUCAAAGGAAGAGCUAGAUAUUCAAAAUAAAGAGGCAGUAAUUAAAAAAGGAAAGAUAAAGGGCAAGGUGAAAAUCACAGGAAAAGACAGUGAAGAAAGUCAGCUAAAAAGAACUGCGUGUGAAUGGUCUACAACAAAAGGAUCAGAAGGUGGUACUUAUGUUACUGCUAAGCUGGAAGAUCUAAAGGUAGAAGUUCCAACAGUGAAGACGGAUGUUAAAAUUACUAUAGUAGAUCCUGAAAUGAAAUUUCAAGUGAAAAGUGUUGAAAAGAAUGUGUCUGCAGGAGUGGAAGUGCAAGUAGAAGACAGAGCAGAAACAAGUAAAAUUAAAGCAUACAAGUUUAAGAUUCCAAAGUUUGGAAUGUUGCAUUCAGAAAUCAAGGGUUUUGAAGAUGACACUGUUUCUCCAAAGUCAGAAGCUGAUUCAGCACCUAAAAGUAAAAGAGGCACAGCAGAAAUGCAGUUACAAAAACCAGAAGGAUCAGUUGGCCUGGAAAAUCAAGCUCUAGAUCAUAUAGAAGCAUCUACCAGAAUAACAGGGGAAACAGUGGACCAAACACAAGGUGUCCCAGAAGUAAGUGUAAGAAUUCCCAAACUAAAAAUACCAAGGUUCACUUUCAGAACUCUCCCAAUUGAAGCUGAUGUUUUACUGUCAAAAGUAGUAACAGAUCCAAAGGGAUCUAGUACUGACAUUGAAAUAGUGAAAGUGCAAGCAAGUUCUGUUAGCCCUGAAGAAACACCACGAGCUCUAGAGGGGGGUAUUCAAAAAGCAAAAAGCAAAAUUUUAACGCUGACUGAACCUGACAUUAAAACAGCACAAAUGACAGCUACCAUAGAGUCCUCCCUUUCAAGUGCAGGGCAAGACAUCCAUUGGUCUUACAUAGAAGGCCAAGAAGUAAGUGAGAAAGUAAAACCUGAACACGUUGCUAUUGAGCGGUGUGAGAUUUACACUACUGAAAUACUGAAAGAAUCAGAGAUUCUGUCAUCAGAGGUCAAAACUGCUGCUUUGGGAUUCUCAUUGCUCAAGGCGAAGUUGCCCGAAUCGCACAGUGAUUUAGAUGUGCUGGUCCAGCAGCCAUCUCCAACGGGAGAUGCAUCAGUGAGAAAACCUACAGGUGCUGGUGAAAGCUUUGGAGUAGCAGCACAGAGAACUGGCAGUGCUGAACUUAAACUACGUGACAAACCAUACCGUGAGUCUGAAGAAUCUAGAGAAAAAGUAAGUUUGACAAAAACAUCUGCUGCUGAAGUAAAAUGUUCCAGUAAACUUGAAGAGAGUUUUCCUGAUAAAUCACCAGAGGGAAUAAUUGCAGAUCCUCUCUCUAAAGAUGAAGAUGUAGUUGAAGCAGUGGAAGGUGAAGAAAAAGGCAUAACCAAUGAGAAAGAAAAGACUGAUAAUAAAAGGUCUCCUGGAAGAUUCAAAUUUUGGCUUCCAAGUAUUGGCUUUUCAUCUUCUGGGGAUGAAACAAGCACAGAUGCAAAACCAGAAAUAAAAAAAUCAGUUCCAGAAGAUGUGAAACCUGCUGACACAUCAGAUGAUUCUUCUAAGCAGGCUGAAAAACCUGGAUGGUUUAGAUUUCCCAAGCUUGGUUUCACAUCUCCUUCCAAAAAGGCUAAGUCUGUUGACAAAGAAGAGGUGGGUCAUAAAGAGGGUAGACUCUCAGAUGAAGAUAGCCCAACAGAUAAACCAGAUGUGUUUUUUGAUGCACAAGAAAGCUUAUCACCUAAAGAAGUAGGAGAAGGUGAAAAAGCUGAAAUUGAUGGGGCCUCAUCUAUUGUGACGUCUUCAGCAAGAACUGAACUAAUCUUGCUGGAGGAAGAAAAAGAUAGUAAAUCUAAUAUUGUUGGAGAAACAACCAAAUGAAUGUUGUAUGUUCUCAAUCCUCAAUGAAAACAAAAUCAUCCAUAUGUACAGAAGAGAAUGUUUUCCUAAUUUUUUACUAACUGAAAAUUAAACCCCAAGGCUGGUAUUCAUAAAAACACUUGAACAGAAUUUACUACAUUCAAAAUUUCAAGUACAUAGAUGUACUAUAUUGUACACUAAAAAAAAAUAAUGAUUUCUUCAUAUCUACCCCAAGGGCAAUGAUCAUGACAGGUGCAGAGGGGCCCAUAGUUUGAGCAAAGACUGAGUAGAUACCAGAACCAUGAAAGUAAAUCAUUAAAAGGUGCAACGAUAGAAAAAACUUUUUAAAGAGGCUUCUCAAAACACACCAAUUAUAUUCAGAUUACAGAUUAUUUCCAAAAUGGGUUCUAAACUAGUACUAUGAGAAAUAUACUUGCCUGUUUAGAUUUUGGAACUUUCUGAUCUACUUUUGAUUUGUUAUUAAAAUGUUUUUCUUUAUUUCAGCUAUGGCAGUAUGUAUAUUCCACAAACAUUUUAAUAUAUAAAAUAACAAUUAAAUACUAGUGUAGAGAGACUAAUGCUUUGCCUCUUCCUCUCUCUCUUUUUUUUUUUUUUUUUUAUUGUGGUGGGUCCUAUUUAGCCUUACAAUAAUUAAAAAAAAAAAAAAAACAACCAACAGCAAAAACCAACAGAAUCAUUUCAAGACCAAAAAACAUGUAACUAAAUCAUGUUUGUAAGAUACCAGAAUAAAACAUGCUUACAGAGAAUAUUAUUCAAUUGUGGAUAAAUAAAAUUUUAUGUAUAUACUUAUGGGAUAGUUAAAUGCCUUAGAAUGAUGUGCCACACUGGUGGAAUUGCUUCAGAGAUUUUCUGGGGAAGAAGGUGUAUAUAAUUAUUUGCUCUUUUGUUUAUACUAAAGCUUCUCUAAAGUGCACAAUGAAAACAAGAGUGCGUAUGUGACAGCUUUCACAUGUACCAUUAAAACACUGUCUGUAUUCUUAAUUCACAAUAAACUCACCAUAC